CCCGCCCCUUCUCUGUCCCCCACCCCCCCAGGGGGCGUCACCGUCGCCGGGCAACCCUUCACCCUCCUUUGCUCCGCCCCUUCCGGCCACGCCCCUUCCGGCCCCGCCCAUCGCCGCCGCUUCCGCUUCUUCCGGGAUAACCAGGAAGUGCCGGGGGGGAUUCCCGGGAUGAGGGAGAUCCCGGGAGAGGAGGGGGCGGAGCUAAAGGUGGAGGAGAGUGGGCGGAGCCACGGGGGGAACUUCAGCUGCAGCUACGAGGAGGAGGAAGAGGAGGAGGAAGGAGGAGGAAGGAGGUGGAUCCCGUCGGAAAUGAGCCCGGAAGUCGCAGUGAUUGUCAGAGACCCCGCCCCUCCCCCCUCGUUGUGGGCGGAGCCUCCCUCGGGCCGGGUGGGGGAGGGGCAACGUCUCCUCCUCUCUUGCUCCGCCCCCUUCAGGGAAUUCCGGAUGCGCUUCCGCUUCUUCCGGGAUGGGGAGGAACUUCCGGUUUCCGGGAAUUCCUCCAAUUCCUCGGAGUUGUUUUUCCCGGAGUCGAGGCCAGAGGAUUCUGGGAAUUUCAGCUGCCGGGCGGAGGAGGAGGUGGGCGGGGCCUGGGUGACGUCACCGCCCAGUCGGAGCCUGAUGGUCACAGUCAGGG